AUGGCGCAAGCAAACUUAUCCGAUAUCCUGGCAGCCGAGGCUGUGGACCUCGCUCCCUACGAGGAUCUAUACAAGCAUUUCCACUCGCACCCCGAGCUGUCACUGCAAGAACAAUACACCUCUGCAAAGGUCGCCGCCCACCUGUCAGCACUGCAGGCAUUCGAACUCCACACCAACAUCGGAGGCUACGGGCUGGCAGGAGUCCUGCGCAAUGGCGACGGGAAGGCCGUCCUCCUGCGCGCUGACAUGGACGCGCUUCCCGUCCAGGAGCAGACGGGCCUGCCCUACGCGAGCACAAUCACCAUGCACGACCAGGACGGCGUUGAGAAGCCCGUGAUGCACGCCUGUGGUCACGACAUGCACAUGACCUGUCUGCUUGCCGCGGCGGAGACGCUCGUGAAGAGCACGCACGCAUGGAGCGGGACGCUGAUUGUGCUGUUCCAGCCGAACGAGGAGCGGGGCGGCGGUGCGCAGGCGAUGGUCAACGACGGGCUUUACUCAAAGAUCCCCCGGCCUGAUUAUGUCUUCGGUCAGCAUGUGAUGCGCCUGCGUGCGGGGAGUGUGGCCUCGCGGCCCGGCACGAUCAUGGCUGCUGCUGAUAGCAUGAAGAUCACGCUCUUCGGGCGUGGUGGCCAUGGAUCGCUGCCGCAUCAGACGGUGGAUCCGGUGCUGCUGGCGGCGCAUGUUGUGGUGAGAUUGCAGAGUGUUGUGAGCAGGGAGGUGGAUCCCAGCGAUCUGGCGGUCUUGACGGUGGGGAGUCUGCAAGCUGGUCAGACGGAGAAUAUCAUUGCGGACCGGGCCGAGAUCGGUAUCGAUUUCAGGUCUGUCAAGCUGGAGACUCGAGAUAAGAUCCUCGGAGCAAUUCAGCGCAUUGUUCAGGCCGAAUGUUUGGCGAGUGGGUCGCCCAAGGAGCCGGUGUUCACGCCCACGAGGAGGUUCCCGCCGACUUCGAAUGAUGCCGAUGUGGCGUCUCAGUUGGCUGCGUCUUUCGCCAGCCAUUUUGAACAUUUCGAUGGUGACACGCAGCGGACUAAUGUCAGUGAAGACUUUUCCACACUGGCUACGUGUGACGGUAUUCCGUCCUGCUUUUGGUUUAUUGGGGGUGUGGAUCCGCGCGUUUGGGAUCGGGCCCAGGGGGUCGAUCACCUCAUGGACCAAAUUCCCGGGAAUCACUCCGCUCUCUUUGCGCCUGCUAUCCAGCCAACUAUGAGGGCUGGGGUGGAUGCGUUGUGCAUGGCCGCUUUGACGUUUUUGACAAAAUGA